AUGGGCUCAACUGGAUCGGGAUGGCGAAGACUGAGUGUCGGGAUUGUGGGCGGCGGGAUCGGAGGGCUUGCUGCUGCUAUCUCGCUGCGGCGGGCUGGCCAUGAGGUGGUCAUCUAUGAGCGACAUGAUUUUGCGGGCGAGGUAGGUGCGUCCAUCUCGUGCGCGGCGAACGGCACCCGGUGGUUGCAUGAGUGGGGGGUGGAUAUCCCUAAGGGCGACCCCGUGGUGCUGAAGAAGUUGAUCAACCGGGACUGGAAGACGGGAGAGCCGGUCAGUGUCUAUGAUUUGGACGACUAUGAAGAGCGCUGGGGGUAUGUCUACAACAUGUUCCAUCGCCAGUAUAUGCAUGCCAUGUUGAGGGAUUGCGCACUGCAGGAGGAAGGCCCAGGGACGCCGGUUACCUUGAAGGUGAAUCAUCAGGAUAUCGAUCUCGGGUCGGGUAUUAUUACCUUUGCCAAUGGCGAGACUGCCAGGCACGAUCUCAUCAUUGGAGCGGAUGGAAUUGGUUCGGUCGUGCGAGGCAUCAUCGGGCUGCAUCCCGAGAAGACCCCUGCGGCGUCCAGCUGCUUGCAUGCCAAUGUCUUGACAGAGGAUGCUGUCCGUCUGGGGCUGGUCGACUACUCUAAGGACAGUGCCUUAGAGUACUGGGGCGGCCAGGAAGGCAAGUGGGAUAAGAUCGUCUUGUCCCCCUGCAACGGCGGGAAACUGCUGUCCUACUACUGCUUCUUCCCUCGCGAAAAGGGGGACUUCACGACGCACACUUGGGGUGGAGCGGAUCGUCCAGUUGAAGAGCUGCUUGCACCUUAUCCGGAACUGGAUGAACAGGUCCGCUCGCAUCUGGCCAUCGGCAUAGAGAUUAGGCCUUGGCGCUUGUGGGUACAUCAGCCAUACCCGUACAUCACCAGCAACAUGGUCUGCCUAUUGGGAGACGCAGGACAUCCGUAUUUGCAGAUGAUGCCCCAUCAAAGCCAAGGUGCCUGCAUGGCCAUCGAAGACGCCGCAGCCCUCGGAAUUAUCUUCAGCAAGUCCUACUUCUCCGGUGAUGUCGCGGCUGCGCUCUCGAUCUACCAGAAAGUGCGACUGCCUCGAGCCACCAGAGUUCAGGCUGCCUCAGCCAAGGCGGCAUACAAUAUCAACGAGCGCAUCGGCUUCUCCAGCAACACCGACAUUCCAAAAUACAAGGUCGAGGAUGAGAAGAAGAAGCUCACGAUCGAAGAAAUGAAUUCAUACGACAUGUACAUGGAUGUCGAGGAAACUAUGGCUCAGGAGUAUGGAUCUUCGUUCGACAAGAAAUACAUCCGAGGUCUGCCCGUCGGCCUGAAGCUGUCGAACGGAGUGGUCAUCGGAGAAUAAGCGUGCUGUCAGAUCCAUUUGGAACUUCUGUCUCUGUACUUUUUGUCCUUGGCUGCUUUGAUACCUCAUGCGAGCAUUGUACAUAGUAAGAUUGAUGUUUAUCCCUUGGACAUGCCAGGUCACUGUGAUGUAUAGUCAAUGAAGAUGUAUGACCAAAAUAGUCAGACGACCCCAUGACUGAAGCUCGGCCAAAGCAUAGAUGGAUCAGCCGGCUUAAGCGCCGAGUCAAGAUGACUCUUUUCGAGUGUCAGGCACAGACGUCCAAAUCGAUUGGGUAUCACACCAUGAUCGAUGGCUCGAUCUGGAUGCGAUCGACCACUGUGCGAUAGAGUGCGCAGAGCGAGGAUCGGGGGUGAAGCGAUACGACGU